AUGCAAGAACCCCACGCAAUUGGCGUCCGCCCAAAUGGACGUCCCCAAUCAUUCCAUGUGAAUCACGACAGCCGGAAGCCGUUAUUCGGACGGCCAGAGGACAACAAUGAAAAUGGAUUACAUCUAUACACGGCGAGGACACCGGGCUUUUCGAGGAUAGGAAUGGGAGCGUCUGCGAACGUGGGCGGCGACAACAACGCGACGGCGCUGCGGAAGCCGAGGCCCAUCUCCGAGAACUUCACCUCGACCCGAGACCAGGCAAAUGCUAAUGCCAAUUCCAGCGUGCUCUCUUCUGGAGGCACCCGAAUCCCCCGACUCAACAGCCUGUCGCAGACGCGCCGAAAGCCCAUAUCUCUGCGCAAGGCCAUGGAGCUCGCAGAAGGCGAGGAAGAAGCAGCAAAGCUGAUGCUCGAGGCGGGCCUCGAUGAUCCAGUUGCUGUCGAAGGCUCGCCCAGUCCAGCGCCGAGGCCUUGGAGGAUGAGGACCGCCUCAGAAGUAUCGGAGAUGCAGCGAGUGCUCGGGGCCGACCAUCUGGACACUAAGGGGCGCAGCAAGAUUCCGUCGGCGCGCAACUCCAACCUCAGCGCAACACUUGUGGGAGGCAGGGAAGGAGCAAUAUCGCCAGCCAGGGCCUCAGGAGCCACCCGCCUCAACGGCAGCGACGGCCUCAUGCGACAACGAUCCACCGAAGACGCCACCGCUACCACCGCCAGCGGCACCAGCGGGCUUCCUGAACUGGUCCCCGGCAUCGAGGAUAUCCCACUAACUUCGAUCGAUCCUGCCCUCUCCGCGGCAACGCUCGUCCAGCGAUCUUCCCCGGAUAAGAGCUUCGCCUGGCAGAUGGAUGAAGAUUUCACCGAAGGCGAGUUGCAAAUAUCCGACAGUCCACGCGUUAGGGUCGGGACUCGGCCAUUUGCAAGUCGCCUCGGAUUCCGCGAGGAUGGAAAGCAAGACUUUGAUAGCCUGCCCCGUCUCGCCAACCCGGGGUCUCGCAACAACAAACUCGACGAAAUCAGGUCGCUCGAGCUCCGCACAAACGGUAGCCAGAUACCGCUGGCAAGCCCAGCACGACUGAGACCACCAAAUACAAAACUAGACGACAUACGCACAAGGGAAAGCCAGGUAGAGCGGCAGAUCCCGCUCGCCAGCCGACACCUUGACGGACUAAGAAACAACACCAAAAUAGACGACAUCCGCCAGCGAGAGGCCGACGGGGUGUCGAAGCGGGCAUUUGCAGCCGCCCGCCUCCAGGAAAUCAAGGAGCAGAAUUCCAUGGCACGUCCUCGCUCCCCCGACGAAGAGUCCAAGCCUCGCCCAACUUUUGGACUGGCGCGACGACGUCUGGCAAGGCAAGAGGCAGUUGACGAGGUAAAGAAGGAGGAAUUGCCACCACUGUUGCGCCCAAGGACGUCUUUUGGAGGGGCUGAGGCUGGCCGGCAGAUACGAGAUACACCCGUGACAAUCUUUAGCCGGGAUGUGAGGCGCGUAGAAGAGGAGGUGGGCAGGGAUAACGCAGCAUUACGAUUCCAGGAGCCAGAGAAAAAGCUGGACAGCUGGGAGCAGAAAUGGGAGAGUCUGCUGGCAAAGCCCAAAGCCUAUGAAAGGCAGCCUGAUGACCGAGAGCUGCUGCGCCGGCUGGCAAGGGCUGCCAGCGCCAGCCCGCCACCUGAAGACGAGCCCAGAACAAAACAGCUACCCACUCCUCCGCCAGGCGACGAAGAAGUCAAACAAACCACCACCAAAUCAAUCGCCGACAGGAUCGCGUCUCGCCUGUUUUCGAGACGUGCUUCUACCGGUGAUAAAUCCGCUGCUGAGACAACAACUACUACUACGGCGACAACGACCGACAUCAAGGAUUCCGAAAAGUCAAAGCCUACCGUGGGAUUCACUGGCCUGCAGCGCUCGCGAUCAGUUGAAUCCGCUAAGAGCAAACGAUCCAGCAUGCAGUCAGAACCAGACCCGACGGCUAGGAUAGAGGCGGAGAUGAAGUUGUUUGCGCCAUCAGACAACCAAUCUGAACGAGGCUCGAUACGUGCGCCAUCUCCGCCUCCUGACGACUCGGACGAGGGCGACAAUGGGCUAAGCAAGGCUCCAGCGUUGGAACUGACUCCAAAGCCCUCCAAACCUGACCCCUUGUCCAUGCCGACCCCGAGAGUCACGGGCGCCUAUGUCGAAACGCCGGUGUCGAUCAAGACCGAAAAGCUAGAGCUGAAGCCCGAACUGCCUGCUCCAAAGCUGCAAUUAGAGGGCAAGGCACCUGUAAAGACAUCUGCAGAGCCUCCCGCUCCGCUCUUCCGGGACAGGAAGCCAAGCUUCUCCUCAUGGAGGAGCAAGGAGAGAAGCCAAGAUCAGGACACGGCUUCAGAUCCUGGCACGACUGACGAUGGCGGCGAUAUUGCGUUGGCGUUGGCGGCAGCAAAGAAACCGCGGGCGAAAUCGCUGCCUCGGCGCAGGCCGCCCAUGAAGAAUUCGGCCAGGCCUCCCUCUGCCAAAGAUGAUCUGAUGGAGCUGCGCCGCGAAUACGACAUGGAGGACUCGACAUUUGACGACCUGGACGAGUUUAUUGCCAACGCCAAAAGGGCAGCCCAGCUGGCCGUGCCAAAGAGCGAUCCCCUUCCUCUAUCCACAGCAACCGACGACCUUGAUCUGGAACUUGAAUCAGAGUCUGACCCCUCUGAUGCGAUUAAGAGCGAGGACCAAAAGGACGGCGAGAUGGCUGCCUUUGAGAGAAUGAACAAGUCUCUGCAAACAGGCCUCUUGAGGAUCCGUUCGGCCAAGCAGGGCAUAGAGCGCUUCGAGGAUCGCUUCGAUCGCUACUCCCGAGCUCAGUCGGCGGACACAAAACCCGUGGCGCCACAGAAGAAAAUUACAAGAACCUUGACCCAAGCACCCAAGGGCCACGCGCAUCACAACCACAAGAGUCCCACAGAAGGUUGUCCGUACUGUAAAUCAUCGUCAUCAACGGGCUCUUCCACCGCCGUCACGUAUCUUCAUCUCGCAUUGCCGCGGCUGUUCCACCGAACUCCUACCUUUCAUCUUACUUGGCUGGGCGUGUUCACCCUGAUCCUCUCCAUGUGGUAUGCUGCCGAGUCAACCAUGUGCUCCAUGUACUGCCGCCCAACAACCUGUCCCGCCUCCAAGUCGCCCUGCGUCUGGUCCUUUGACGACCCGACGGAUUUCGGAACGGCCUUGCCCAUUAAGCUCGACCAAUGGAUCACUGGCGGACAAGGACGUCAGCUGGCAUCAUUCGCAUACGAGGAAACGUACGACUGGAUUGCCGACAUGCAGGACCUCGCUCUGGGACGCGACGCCACCAAGGUGGACAUGGAGACGCUCUCUCCUGAGCAGAAGCGCCGACAUAGACGUCGUCUCCGGAAGAAGGGCCUCGUGGCUUCUGCCAGAGAACCACUGCCGGAGGAGAAGGCGAAGUGGGACGAGUGGCGAGCGGCACGGCUGGCGAAGCAAAAGGCUGAGGAGACGAGGCAGAAGGGCCAUGUAGUGAAUGACGAGAAGCCCAAGUCCAAGCCUAAACCUGCGGACCAAGAGGAGGAGCAGGGAUGGGUGAAGAUCAAGGGAUGGAGGUGA